AUGAAUGCAGCAGAUCUGAAAUAUUUAUCGAAGUCUGCAGUAUCAGUGGAAGAAGCCAGUAACCAAAAAGGUCGACCAGCAAAUGUACGUUACUCUUUUCAAAAGCAACAUCCACAAGCAGCAACGCAUCUUUUAAUGAAAUACAGUGAAAGUCAUGUACCUGUACUUUAUGGUCCACAAAUUCCUCGACGUGAUCGUGAAGAUACUCGAGAACGAUAUAGUCGAGCUCUUCUCUCACUUUUCGUACCUUGGCGCACUAUUACCGAUCUUUGCGACAUUAAUCAAACGUGGGAAGAAGCUUUUAAACUUCGACAAAGUCGUAUUUCUACCCAUUCAUGGAAGAUUAUAGAAAAUAUUCAACUUUUACAUGAAUGUAAAAAAGAUCGAGAUGAACAUUUACUUAAAGUUAUUGCUGAAGCUCAGACUGAUAAUGAUCCAAUCGAUCCUGUUCUCUUGCCUGCAAAUCAACAUGCUGAUGGCGAAUAUGAUAUGGAUGAUAGCGAGGAUUUCAUGGAAUUACUUGGCAAUUUAGAUGAAUACACAGCGGCAGCGAUUAAUGCUACCAAAAAGUCUACAGAAUAUCAGUAUAUUGAAGAAACUAUUAAAGCGGUCGAAAAUGUUGGCCGAUUUAGUCAUAUAAAUACUUAUCCUUAUUCAUCUUCAAAUCAAUCUCUUGAUUAUCUAAAUCAACAACUUGUACCAUUUAUUUCUGCAACACCAAAUCUUAUUCGAUUAAACACAAAAUGGCAAGAACAACUGAAGACUGAAAAAGAACGAGUCAGACAGAGUUUAAUCACAGGCAACUACGCCAAUACAGACGAUACAUUAGAUUUACAUGCUGCAAAGAAUGCCGUUGUGACAGUAGUGAAUCUGAAUAAUUAUAAUAAUAACAAUGUUGAAAAUUAUGCCUCGAUUCUUCCAGUGGUUUCUGUCACCACUAAUUUUCCAACUCAAAAAAGUAUUGCUGAUGAAUAUACAUUGAAUAGAGAACAACAAGCUGCAUUCAUGAUAAUAACAAGUCAUCUUGAUGAUGAUAGUCGAUGUCGUACAGGUGACAAUAAUGGACAACUUAUAAUGUGUAUACCUGGUUGUGGUGGCACAGGCAAAUCACAACUUAUUCGUGCUCUCAGCAAAUACUUUCUUGCUACGAAGAGAAUGCAAGUGAUGCGAAAACUUGCACCCACUGGUAUUGCUGCUGCCGAAAUAGGUGGUAUGACUAUUCAUUCAUUUUUGGGUGAACAGCGUAAUUCUGGCAAACCACGAACCAUCAAACCAGGUGAUUCAAAACUUGAAAGAGAAUGGAGACUCGUCAAAUAUUUAUUAAUCGAUGAAAUGAGUAUGGUUGGCUUAACUUUACUAGCAAAACUUAAUCGAAUUAUUUGUGCUGCAAAACAUGCCGAUCCUCAAGUUCCAUUCGGUGGCGUGAACGUUAUCUUCUUUGGAGACUAUUUACAAUAUAGACCUGUAUAUGAUGCACCACUACACACCGAUUUUUCAAUGCCAUCGAAAAAAAACUCAGGUAAAUUACUAAAUGAAAAAGAAAUUCAACAACGUGUUGCACGCUCUUUAAUUCUUCAAAUUAACUGUGUCGUAAAACUUUCCCAACAAAUGCGAACAGAAGAUCCACAAUAUCUUCAAUUACUCGAAAGACUUCGUAAUGGACAAUGUAAUCGUGACGAUUAUGAAUUAUUAUUAACACGAGUUGUUGGACAACCAUCAGUAGGCUCUCUACGUGCUUCACCAUGGAAUAAAGCUCCGAUUCUUGUGUUCCGAAACGAAGUGCGAACACAAUUGAAUAAUAAGGCAGUAAUUCACAAAGCAAUAGAAAUGGGACAAAGACCCAUGGUAUGUGUCGCUCAAAAUACCAUCAAAGGCAAACCAAUUGAAGACCCAACACUCAUUAAAAAAUUGUUAGAAUUAUCUGAUAGUAAAAUGGAGCAUUUGCCAGGUCUUUUACCUCUUGUUCCUGGAAUGCCUGUUAUUUUAACACAAAAUAUUGCUAUUGAACUGGGUCUUAUUAAUGGAAUGAAUGGAAUCUUUCGACAACUUGUUUACGAAGAAGAGUCUGUAUCAACAGAAGUUCUUUCCGACACAUUUCCAAAUAACACACAAUACAUCCAUCNUGAUGAACAUUUACUUCAAGUUAUUGCUGAAGCUCAAACUGAUAAUGAUACAAUCGAUCCUGUUCUUUUGCCUGCAAAUCGAUAUAUUGAUGGCGAAGGUGAUAUGGACGAUAGUGAAAAUUUAUUAGAAUUACUAGACAAUUUAGAUGAAUAUACAGCUGCAGCAAUUAAUGCUAUCAAAAAAUCAACAGAAGAGAAAUAUAUCGAAGAAACAAUUAAAACAGUCGAAAAUGUUGGCCGAUUCAGUCAUCUAAAUACUCAUCAUCAACCUUCUUCAAAUGAAUUUUUCGAUUAUCCAAAUCAAAAAGCUACUGAGAAAGAACGAGUUAGACGAAGUUUAAUUACAGGCAACUAUGACAAAGCAGAUAAUACAUUAGAUUUACAUGCUGCAAAAGAUGCCGUUGUAACAGUGGUGAAUCCAAAUAAUUAUAAAAAUAACAAUUUUGAAAAUUAUGGCUGGAUUCUUCCAGUAGUCUCAGUCACAACAAACUUUCCCACUCCAAAAACUAUCGCUGAUGAAUUUACAUUAAAUAGAGAACAACGAGCUGCAUUCAUGAUCAUUACAAGCCAUCUUGAUGGUGACAGUAGAUGUCGUACAGGUAUUUUUACAAUAUAG